CCGACGGCUGUGAUUGACAGUUGGCAGACGACUGCGGAUCGCGCAGGAUCUCCGCACGCGUUCGGUCGUAAAGGGCAACAGCAUCAACUGAUCCGAUCUCGCACCAGGUGCACUACGUGUGAUGUGAGCCGGCUUCGGCGCGGGUGAAGUGACUAAGGGCCCGGGCCCGCGUACAUGUGCAGUGAAGUGACUAGUGACUCGGUGUAACGGUGGCCCAACACGCAGACUAUCCCGGCUUGACGGCGGCUGGCAGGGCGUUCAUGGCUCAGCCACGGUAUGAGGACGGAGGCCUUCAUCACCAAGGUUACAUGGAGAGUGGAGCGGCAGCGGCGGCGGCGGUGGCGGCGGCUGGUGGUUUAUACGACACACACGUGCACCGGCCGGGGUUGCAAGGCAUCCACCAUUCGCCGCACCUCAACCACGGGAUACACCCGUACCAUCAGAACCACAUCAGUCCCGCCGCCAACCAUGUCAUGGGCGGCGCGGCCGUCCCGGACGUCGGUAAGAGAGACAAGGACGCCAUAUACGGACACCCUCUAUUUCCUCUGUUAGCGUUAAUUUUUGAAAAGUGUGAGUUAGCGACGUGUACCCCUAGAGAGCCUGGCGUAGCUGGUGGUGACGUUUGUUCGUCGGAGUCAUUCAACGAAGACAUUGCCGUUUUCUCGAAACAAAUUCGACAAGAAAAACCUUAUUACAUCGCUGAUCCUGAAGUAGACUCUCUUAUGGUCCAGGCGAUACAAGUGCUUCGGUUUCAUCUCCUCGAAUUAGAAAAGGUGCACGAACUUUGCGACAAUUUCUGUCAUAGGUAUAUCAGUUGUUUGAAGGGCAAAAUGCCCAUCGAUUUAGUGAUAGACGAGAGGGACGGUACGAAGCCGCCCGAUCCACUAGGCACCCCCGCGAACGGCGACGGUGGCACCAGAAGUACAGCGGACUCAACGUCGCAUACGGACGGAGCCAGCACGCCAGAUGUCAGGCCGCCUUCGUCGACGAUGUCAUACGGAGGCCCUGUCAACGAUGACGUACGGUCACCGGGUACACCCGGCCCCCUUUCCCAAGCACCGGGGUCCCAACAGAGCCUGGAUGCGAGUGAUCCAGAGGAUGCAUUGCGAGAUUACAAAAACUACCAGAAAAAUGGACAUUUCUAUUCCGGUAAAAUAAGCGCUCAGGCCGUGGUGUAUGACUCUGCUAAGGAUGCCAUCGGUAAAUGGUGUCCGAGGCGGGAAUGGUCAACACCUCCGGACGCUCGAGCGGCGAACGAUGCAGCUCGAAGGGGUGUUCUCUAUUCCUCGGUGUUCCUUGGGAGUCCGGGCGAUGCUAGCAACACAAGUGUUGGUAGCGGGGAAGGCACUGAAGAAGACGAUGAUACCAAUGGGAAGAAAAACCAGAAAAAAAGGGGCAUCUUCCCAAAGGUGGCGACGAAUAUCCUUCGGGCGUGGCUGUUUCAACAUUUAACGCAUCCGUACCCUUCGGAGGACCAGAAGAAACAACUCGCGCAGGACACGGGGUUAACGAUACUUCAGGUCAAUAACUGGUUCAUAAACGCGAGGAGAAGGAUAGUACAGCCAAUGAUAGACCAGUCAAAUAGAGCAGUGUUUUCCCCGCACGCAGGUCCCAGCGGUGCUUAUAGCCCCGACGCCACCAUGGGUUACAUGAUGGAUGGGCAGCAGAUGAUGCACCGACCGCCUGGAGAAGCAGCUUUCCACAACCAAUACGCCCAUUACCCAGCAGAAUACUACGGACACCACCUGUGAGGUCACACGCACACAACGACAAUGAACUUUGAAAUAAGCAACUUUUAAAUGUGAUUAUUCUCUGUACAAAAUGUAAAUGUAGUGACCCAGUGUUUAGUUAACAAAGAGUAAAAAGAAAAAAGAAACGGGAUGGACUUGUACAAAAGAAAAAA